UGGCAAAGAAAAGGGGUGAUGACGGCUGAAUUCUAUAGGUGCAGCUCAUCCAUGGGUUGGGAGGUGCUUCCCCUGCAGGAACCCUGAAUGCGACAGCUGCAUUUUCAACCACGCGCAGCACCAGAGUGGAAUUGUUCUUUCCCACAGCCCAUUCUGACAGGUGAUUCGUCCUCCGAGCUCAACCCCCACCAUCCCCCAGACCGAAAAGGCCAUGUAUAACCUGAGCUGUUACAGCCCUGGUUCCUUUACCCUGGCUGGAAUGCCUGGCCUGGAGAGGUUCCACGUCUGGAUUGGGAUUCCCUUUUGCGUCAUCUACAUUCUGGCUGUUGUGGGCAACGGCACCCUCCUCUCCCUCAUUGCUGUUGAGGACAGCCUCCGAGAGCCCAUGUUUUUCUUCCUGUCCAUGCUGGCCACCACAGACCUCCUCCUGCCUACUGCCACCGUGCCCAAGCUGCUCAGUAACCUCUGGCUUGGCUCCCAGGAAAUAACCUUCACUGGUUGCCUCACCCAGAUGUUCUUCCUCCACUUCAGCUUUGUGGUGGACUCAGCCACCCUGCUGGCCAUGGCACUGGAUCGCUAUCUGGCCAUCUGCUUCCCCUUGAGAUACGCCUCCAUCCUGACGCCGCAGGUGAUGGUCAAGCUCGCGGUGAGCAUUGUGGGGAGAAGCUUCUCAGUCAUCCUCCCGGAUGUUUUUCUGCUGAAACGGUUACCCUUCUGCGGGACCCGUACCAUCCCCCACACGUACUGCGAGCACAUAGGUGUCGCUCAGCUUUCCUCUGCCGACAUCUCCGUCAACAUCUGGUACGGAUUUUCUGUGCCUCUCAUGACGGUCAUCUCGGAUGUGCUCUUUAUUGCCAUCUCCUACAUCUUCAUCCUCCGCGCUGUCUUUCAGCUCUCAUCCCAAGGUGCCCGCCACAAGGCGCUGGGCACCUGCGGCUCCCACAUCUGUGUCCUCCUCGUGUUUUACACGCCUGCCUUCUUCUCUAUCCUCGCUCAUCGCUUCGGGCACCGUGUGCCUCGAAAUGUUCUCAUCCUGUUUGCCAACCUCUAUGUGGCCAUCCCUCCAGCUCUCAAUCCUGUGAUUUACGGAGUGAAGACCAAGCACAUCCAGGACAGAUUUCUUCUCCUCUUUUCUUUGAAGAAGACACCAUGAGGGUCGAGGAUGCUGAAGGAGAAAUGUAGGUAAAAUUGAUGAGGUGACCUUGUGUGUGGCACCGGAAGACAUGAAAAUAAGGUAGUGGCUACUACCAACUAGAACGUUUAGAGUUCUACCCACGUAGAACGUAUAAGCACGAGGGAGAGGGGAGCAAGAACAUCCUUAGGACUUCUAGAAAGGCAAGAAUUUCCUUGGCUGAGUGUUCUCACCACUCAUAUGAAGAAACUGAGGACAGGCACAGAAGAGCAGAGGACUAGAAUUUACAUAUUUCCUACUCCUAAUUUUGAAACAUGUGUAGGCUAGAUGUUUCCUAACAUGCUACUGCCCUGUGUUUCUUAGCUCUGAAUUAAAAAGAAAGCUACUUGCCUUUUUAAGCAGCUGUUGAUUCUUUCUAUGGCAGCUACAGAACAUACGGCGUCACACAGCAGUCUUCAUUCUAUGCAUUAUUGAUGAAUUCCUCCUUCUUUGUCUUUUACCUGCUGUACUUUUCUCCCUACCC